CCACUAGAAGCAACGCAAUCAAAGCCGAGCGUGACAGCCGCUUGAUCACUCUCUGUAAACAGUGCUGACCGCCAACCUUUCCUGCUGCCCAAAACAACCCUCCGUAAGCUGGAAAUCGCAAACAGCCGAAGAAUAUUGGACCCUCGCUACACGACAAAGCGCCUGCCGGAGUCUGCGCCCCGCUUGACUCCACUAGCUAGAUGCCCAUCGGCCAUCGCCUCCGCCGCCUGCGCCCACGUGUACGACGGCGAUGCCUCCACGCCACGCUCGCCGUCCCGGUGUGCUCACCUCCCCCUAGUUAAUGCACCGCUCUUGCGAGCCAUGGCCUCCCCCCGUCCGUCCUUUUUAGCGGCUUCUGCGACUGCUCCCACACCCCCUUCCUCUUGCCUCGUCAGUCGCCUAGCUAGCCUCCCUCACAACAGCAAGCCGGCGACCGGUAGCUCGGACCUCGGCGGCGUCGCUCCCCCUCUUCCAAAGGCGCGCGUGCUUUUAUGCUCGCGGCAGCUCGGUUCGUGGACUUCCCUCUAGUAGCGCUCUCCGCCUCUCGCCCUCGGACGACCUUUCUGCGAAAGCGAAGAUUCCGGUAUGGAGGUGGAGACGACGCCCACGACGGCCGUGUCGUCUUCCGGCGGGGCCGCGCAGCUGCCGCCGCCCGGCCCGCCCGCCAAGAAGAAGCGUGCCCUCCCCGGCAUGCCAGAUCCUGACGCGGAGGUGAUCGCGCUGUCGCCCAAGACGCUGCUGGCGACGAACCGGUUCGUGUGCGAGAUCUGCAACAAGGGGUUCCAGCGGGACCAGAACCUGCAGCUUCACCGGCGGGGCCACAACCUCCCCUGGAAGCUGCGGCAGCGGAGCGGCAAGGAGGCCCGGAAGCGGGUGUACGUGUGCCCGGAGCCCAGCUGCGUGCACCACGACCCGUCGCGCGCGCUCGGCGACCUCACCGGCAUCAAGAAGCACUUCUGUCGGAAGCACGGCGAGAAGAAGUGGAAGUGCGACAAGUGCUCCAAGAAGUACGCCGUGCAGUCGGACUGGAAGGCGCACGUCAAGACCUGCGGCUCCCGCGAGUACCGCUGCGAUUGCGGCACCCUCUUCUCCCGGAGGGACAGCUUCAUCACCCACCGUGCCUUCUGCGACGCGCUCGCCGAGGAGAGCGCCAAGGCGCGGGUGGAGGCGCCUCCCGCGGAGGACGGGAGCUCGGCAGCCGCCGUAGUUCCGCCACCGGUGCCCCCGCCUCCGCCUGCGCCGGCGCCACUGAGGCAGCAACCGCCCCCGCCUGCGCCGCAUCAUGCGGAGCAACGCAAUGAACCGGAGGCCAAUGCGACCGAGCCCGUCCAGUUCGCGCCGCCGCCGCCACAGGUGCCGGUGCCGGUGCUUUCGCAAACUACGGUGAGCGCUGCCAAUGUUAGCGCCAGCAGCAGCAGCACCGUCGCGGGGACAUCGCAGAGCCUUCUCGGCGGCAUGUUCGCACCGUCGUCGAUGGCCUCAGCGCCGCAGUUCCCGGAGCGCGCCCUGCCCGUCAAGCCGCCGUCGCUGUGCCUCGCCACGGACGCGUCGUCGUCAAUCUUCUCGGCACCCGUAUCCACCGAGCGCCAGCAGUUCGCGCCGCCGCCGCCUCCGUCCCCGUCCCCGUCACCGCACAUGUCCGCCACCACGCUGCUCCAGAAGGCCGCGCAGAUGGGCGCCACCUCGUCAAGCUCGUCGUUCCUCCGCGGGCUAGGCCUGGACGUCUCCUCUUCAUCGCCGGGGGCGUCGUCGUCAGGCCAGCCGCAGCACCACCAUGAAGGCGCCAUGCAAGUGUCACUCCCGGACGCUUCGCUGCCGCAAUGGCCGCCGCGGCUAGAGCAUGAGCCGUCGCCAAUGCUGUCGGCCGGGCUCGGGCUCGGGCUGCCAUACGACUCCACAGGGGCUCAGGUGUGCUUGCCGGAGCUCAUGAUGGGUCAGUCGUCUCUGUUCAGCGGGAAGCCGGCUACACUGGACUUCCUGGGGCUCGGAAUGAGCCCGACGGGCGCGCCAGCAAGCAGAGGUAUCCCCGCGUUCAUCCAGCCCAUCGGCGGCGCUGUCGGCAUGGCCGGGACCGGAGCUGGCGCCGCCGAGACGUUUGGCGCCGGACGUGGCCCGCAGGCGACGCCAUGGGAGAGGAAUCCGAGUAGCUCGCCAAUCCUGUAACACACAUGGAUGGAUAGCAAGUAGUUGUUGAACCCCAAGCGCUGUGAUUUUGGGCAAAGGAGGGAUCGGGAGAGGAAACAAUAGACGCCAGGUUGGAUUAGCAGCUAGUAGUCUCUUCCACUGUCAGUUCUUGCUGUUCUUUUGUUUCUUUUAGCUCGGUACGAAGUUACGAGUACUCCUAGAACAAGUGAGUUCUUUCUGGUCUCUUUCCCUC